AUGUUUACAAAUUGUGACGAAAAAAUCAAUAUCUGUUAUAUGAAACAGUUAGAUUCAACAGCCUUACAGCUGUUAGUAAACUUUAUUUAUACCGGGGAAAUCACGGUAACUGAAAACAAUUUACAGAUACAAGAAGUGAAAGAGGCGUGUUGUGAUUUUUUACAGGCACAAAUGUGUCCUAAAAACUGCAUUGGUUUAAAUGCAUUAGCUGAUUUACAUAGCUGUGAGCAAUUGUUAACAAGUUCAGAAUUAUAUAUUCAACAGCACUUUUCAGACGUGGUAGACGGAAACGAAUUCCUAUAUCUGUCAUCCGGACAAAUGGUUAAGUUGAUCGCCAGUGAUGAAGUGAAAGUUCCAUCUGAAGAAAAAGUAUUUGAAAGUGUAAUUCGAUGGGUAAAACAUGAUUUAGGUUCCAGAAAAUGUAUUUUGCCACAAUUAAUGGAACAUGUACGUUUACCAUUAACAUCCAAAGAGUACAUAUUGAAAAAAGUUGUUGAGGAACCUCUUCUUGACAAUUUAAAAUUUACGUGAUUGAAGCAUUACAUUUUCAUUUGCUUAAGUCAGAUAAGCUUAUCACAAUUCCACAUAACAUCCGGGCUAAACCCAGAAAGCCCGGUGGUAUGGAUAAAGU